AUGAAAAAUUCGAAUAAUGACAAUACACAUCGUCCUAAUUCUGCUAAAGUAGCACCUGCGCUGCCAGCAAGCACGAUUAUUCCAAUGGAUUUAUUACGGCCUAUUCCAAAGCAGAAUAUAACACCCGAAGAAGAUACGGAAAAAAAAGCGAUGCACACAAUUUAUGAACAACUGAAACAAGCUGCAUGUUGUCAAGAUGAAGAAAGAACAAAGGUUCGAUGGGAUAGUAUUGAAAUACGUUUUAGUCGAUUGCAGUAUAAAGGAAGUAAAAAGAAAAUAACUGAAAAACUUGAUGAUGAAAAUAGUUAUGCACCACUUCAUUAUGCUAUUCGAUCCAAUAAUAAAUAUGUUUGUGAAAAAUUAAUCAACAAAGAGUAUCAAUGCAACGUUAAUUUAUUGGGUUGGGCUGGUCAAACACCACUCCAUUUAGCUGCUUGUUCAAGACAACUUGAAGAAAAAAUAAAAGAUACACAACAAGAUUCGGUAUUACAUAUUUUACUAAAACACGAGGACAUUCGUGUAAAUAUGCGAGAUGAUAAAGGACGAACAGCAUUACAUCAUGCAAUUAUGAGAAAUCGUAUUAGUAUUUGUAAUAUGUUAUUAGGCAAGGGUGCACGAGUUAAUAUACCUGAUGUAAAAGGAGCUACAGCAUAUCAUUAUGCUUAUCGUUAUGGAAAAGGACCAGAAAUGUUUUCACUAUUUCCUCUACACCAAGACUUAUUUCAAAUGAAAACAAUCGAUAAUAAAACACCAUUUGAAUGGGCAGCUGAAUAUGGUCAUGAUGAUAAAGUUCAACAAUAUUUAGAGAAACAAUCUGAUACACCAGGUAGUAAUCAAGGUGUACGUUCACUUCUUCAUGCUGCUGUUCGUUUUAAUAAUCCUGAUACGUUAUCGGAAUUAGUUCCAACAGAAGAAACGAAGACUUAUAUCCUUAAUUUAGCUUGUCGUGAAUUACACGGAUAUAAACGACUUCAAGAUCCUAAAUUAUCAGGUUUUUUUGAUAAAAAUACUAUGUCAACAGGAAUUUCAAAAGAGGGUUUUACUCCAUUAAUGAUAGCAGUUAAAAAUCGUCGAUAUGAAUGCAUUCAAAUUCUUCUUAAUGAUAAUUAUUGUGAUAAAACUAUAUUAGAAAAAUCAAGUAAUGAUUUGGAACGUACAGUAUUACAUAUAUGUGCAGAAUAUCCAGAUGAAGCAAUUACUGAUAGUUUAUUAGGUAAAGUUAAACAAUAUGGAUCCAAUAUGACAUCGGUUGAUGUUAUGGGUAAUACAGCAUUACAUAUUUGUGCACAAAAAAAUAAUCAAUAUAUGUGUGACAAACUAUUACCUAUUGAUCAAGGUCAAACUUUAAAAAUGUUAGAAGUUCGAAAUAAUAGUGGAUACACACCUUUUCAUGAAGCUAUCAAUAAGGGAUUUAGUAAAAUUGUUGAACAAAUGAUUAAAACAGUACCUGAUUCGAAAAAACUCAUUGAUAAAGGUGAUGAUGAAUUACAAACAAGUUUACAUAAGGCUGCAGCAAAAGGUGAUGUAAAGAUUAUUGAUUUAAUGAUUUCUCACGACGCCGAUUUGCAUGCACUUGAUAUAAAUGAUCAUACACCAUUACACGAGGCUGUUCGAUCGUCUGAAACAAGUGAAGAAGAAAAUCGAGAUCGUACAGAAUGCAUUGAACAUCUUAUUUCUGCUGGUGCUGUCAUAGAUGCAUUAAAUAUUCAUCGAGAAUCACCAUUACAUAUUGCAUGUGGAUCUGGUACAUCUUCAGAAGUUAAAACAUUAUUACAUCGUGGUGCAAAUUUAUUACAAACAAAUAAUCGAGGUUUUAAUUGUUUAGAAGUAGCAAUUGAACAAAAAAAUAAAAAUACUGUUCAAUAUUUAAUUGAUCAUGAUUAUAUAUUUGAAUUAAUGCGUAAUGCACAACUCUAUGAAAGUCGUCGUGAACCAUGUUGUACAUUUGGAAAUGAAUCAUGUCAUGAAACUUGUUGUAUACCAUGUUGUAAAUGUGUAGAUCGAUUUUCGUUCUAUACAUGUCGUAUGGGUUUAGAUCGUCGAACAGCUGAUACACCAAUGCGAAAAUUAAUUGUUACUAUGCCUGACAUGGCGCUUGCAAUUCUUGAAAAAUGUACAACAACAAUUGGAAGUGAAACAUCCAAGAUACAUAGAAUAUUUUUCGAUUACGAAUUUUUAGAAGAUCAAUACGUUAUUCGAAAUUGGGCAAAAGGUAAUCUCAAUAGUAAUUUGAAUAGUGAUGGUCAUGCUUCUGUUAAAUAUGACGCUAUUGAAAAAGAUGAACCAUAUACAGUUGAUUACAAAACAUUAGUUAUGAAUCAUCCACUUUUUCUUAUGGCUGUUCAUAAUCAAUAUAAACUAAUGGCCCAUCCAUUAAGUCGAAGUCUCGUUAAUCAAAAAUUUUAUGGUAUUAGUCUUCUACUUUUUCUGAUUAGUUUUCUUCUUUUUGCUGCUUUUCUUGGUAUAUUUACAACAAUUGUUGUACGAGCAACUCAACCUCAAUAUUAUUAUAGUCUAACAGGUUUUGAUUUUGAUUAUGGUUUAUGUCAGAAUGUUGCUGAUGCACUUGGAACUAGUAAUACUGCUUUAAAAGAAACAACCGAUGAUGUUUUAAAAACUGUUCUGUAUGUUUUUAUGAUAUUAGUUCUCGUAAAAAAUAUAUGGCUUAUUAUUGGUUAUCUAAGAACUAGCUGGACUAAAAUUUUUACAUUUCUUCUUGAAUUAAUUUCACUUGGAUUUGCUUAUUAUUUUAUAUUUGAUUAUGAUUUUCAAUCAAGAGUUACAAUGCGUUGUCCAAAUCAAUGGGAAGUUGGUGCAUGUGGUCUUUUUCUUGGUUAUAUAUCAUUACUUUAUUAUACACAAUAUGUACCUAUAUUUGGUAUUUAUGUAAUUAUGAUGAAACAAAUUUUAAUUCGAUUUUUACUCUUUGUACCAGUUUUAAUGAUUUUUCUUUGUGCAUUUGGCUUAACUUUUUUUAUGGUCUUUCAAAAUUUUGCUCAAUUCAGUACUGUUGGAUCUAGUUUAGGCAAAAUACUAUUAAUGGCAGGCGGUGAAGUUGGUUUUGAUGAUCUUUUGUAUAAUAGUAGUACUACAGCGUAUUAUAAGAUGUGUGUGGUCAUAUUGAUUCUACUUGCUAUUAUUAUGACAAUUCUUGUAUCUAAUCUUCUUGUUGGUUUGGCUGUUGGUGAAAUUGGACCAAUGAUGGAUUCUGCUAAAAAUACACGUCUUGAUAUGCUCUAUGAAUUAGCAGCUGAUUUUGAUAUUCUUAAAUAUCAAAUACUUUCAGUUUUUAAUCGUUGUUGCGGUUGUUGUUUUAUGCCUCCUCGUCAUUAUAAUCAAAAUGAUUUAACAGAAAAAUGGAAAUGGGCUAAAAACCUUAAAAAAGAAUUAUUAGAAUCUUGUGCACGAGAAUUUGAUAAGAACGACUUAACAGAUGAAGAAGAUGAUGGCGGUAUGGACUAUUCAACUCAAGUACUUGAAGAAGUUAGAAAAGGAAUACAAGAAUUACAACCUGAGCGGCCGUCUAGUGCCAAGGGCAAAAGUGGUCCAACGAAAGCUAUAACUGGCACCGGUCCUAAAAAAUAG